AUGGCAGACUACACAAGCUCCGAAACUACUCCGCCUCCUGACGAAACUCAGACCUCAACCGCCGAAAAGCAAGAGCACUCAGAACCCGAGACUCUACCUCGAGAUAUAACCGGAUGGAAAUGGGCAGUGACCUCGAUUGCCAUCCUAUCUUCCAUCUUCCUCUACUCCCUCGACGGCACCAUCGUCGCCGUCAUCCAAGCCACCAUAGUCACCGAAUUUGACUCCUUGAAUGACCUAGCAUGGAUCAACGUGGGCUUCCUCAUGGCUGGGACUGCGACCAACAUGGUAUGGGGACAGGUCUAUAGCCAGUUCAACUCGAAGUGGAUGUAUCUCCUGAACGUCAUCUUGUUCGAAGUUGGGUCAGCUAUCUGCGGUGCAGCACCUAACAUGAACGCCAUGAUCAUCGGAAGAGUCAUCUGCGGCAUCGGCGGAGCAGGGCUGUAUGUUGGUGUUCUGAACCUUAUCGCCGCUACUACGACAAUGGCAGAAAGACCACUUUACGUUUCUGGCACCGGUAUAACGUGGGGCUUAGGUACCGUCCUAGGUCCUGUGGUUGGGGGUGCCUUUGAGCAGUCGGCAGUCGGCUGGAGAUGGGCGUUCUACAUCAAUCUGUUCAUAGGGGCUGUUUGCGCUCCGGCAUACAUCUUCCUCCUUCCCAGCGUCGACCCUCGUCCGGGUGUGUCACUUGGAGAACGUGCGUCACAGCUAGACUAUGCAGGCAUGGUAUUGCUGAUUGGGAGUCUGGUGAGCUUCGUCAUGGCUAUCAACUUUGGCGGCCUCACCUACCCGUGGAAUUCAGGCCAGAUCAUAGCCCUAUUCGUCGUCGCUGCUGUGCUGGUCUCUCUGUUGGGUGUCCAGCAGAGAUGGGCUGUUUUCACCACCUUAGCCCGUCGCCUGAUACCGAUCCAACUUCUCGGCUCUCGAACCGUUCUCAUGCUCUUCGCGUCAACCAGUGCUUCCGCGGCUGGGGCCUUCAUCCCGAUCUUUUUCGUUCCGCUAUUCUUCCAAUUCACUCGAGACGACGGCGCGCUCGAUGCAGGAAUCAGACUGCUACCCCUGAUCAUCGUCUUGGUUGUCGCGAUCUUUGUGAACGGCCUUUUGAUGGCCAAGUUCGGCUACUAUAUGCCGUGGUAUAUCGUUGGUAGUUUGAUUAGCGUCGUCGGGGGUGCUUUGAUGUAUACGGUCGACCGUAGCAGCAGCCAGAGCGCCAUAUACGGGUACACCGUCCUCAUCGGGUUCGGCAUAUGCAUCUUCAUUCAAGCGUCAUUCUCCGUGGCGCAAGCCGUCGUUGACCCAAAGAACGUUGCGGCUGUUAUUGGCUUCGUGACACUGGCCCAAUAUCUCGGCAAUACCACCGCGCUUGCCAUUGCCAACUCUCUGUUUUUGAACUUGGCCGAGACGAAAGUUCAGAAGAUCCUUCCUGAGAUGUCUGCGUCAGAAAUUGAGGCGGCUAUCUCUGGGGUCGCCGGGGGCUUUGUGCAAAGGCUUGACGAUGGUGUUAAGGGGAGGGUUAUCGACGCCAUUGUCGACUCUAUCAGCAAGACCUACAUAUUGGUUAUGACUGCCGGAGCACUUGUUGCGCUGCUCAGCCUUUUCAUGAAGCGGGAGAAGCUGUUUAUCAAUGCUUCUGUUGCCGCAGUCUAA